AUGCCCGUGAGCGAUUUGAUAACAGCCCUGAAGUCGAAGGACGUUCAGUACACUCUCAUGGAGCGUCUAUUCGCGCUGGACGGCACGAAAGACAUCUCGGGAGUGACGAUACUCGUCCCGCGGUCCGACGAGAUUCCCUCGGCGGGAACCUACGCCAGGCUUGACAACACGACGCGCAAGUACAACCAGGCGAUCGCAGACGCGCUCAGGGUCAUGGAUGUAGCCGACAGCUCGCCAGAAGUAUAUAGGGUCUGCGACGGACCAAAAGGGGGGUGGGAGAGGGGGAAAGGGGAGGAGGUGGGUGAGUGGGUGGAGGAGGAGGAGGAGGAGGAGGAGGAGGAGGAGGAGGAGGAGGAGGAGGAGGAGGAGGAGGAGGAGGAGGAGGAGGGGGAGUUUCCAGGGCCCAUUACGGGUUGUCCCGGGCCCAGCUCUUGCUCAUGCCUCGUAUUUAACAUGUCUGUGACUUCUUAG